CGCGAGCCCGAGCCCGAGCGGAGCGAGAGAGAGAGAGAGCGCGAGCGAGUGAGCCGCUGCCGCCGCCGCUGCCGCCAGCCAGAGCGCGAGCCCGAGCGCGAGCCAGCCCGGCUAACCGGCGUGUGUGUGUGUGGAUGUGGGAGACUCGGGCAGCUCGGGCACCACUCUCAACGUGACCACAUUAUUUUACCCCCCUUCUCCUCUCUCUCUCUCUCUUUCUCUCUCCCCCCUCCCCUACAAUGCUUCUGAUUCAAGAUGUAACUUCAAAUUUUCCUUCAUUGUUAAAUUCAACUUGGGUCUACAUUUCUGUUCUCUGCUGAGGCUCUUUUUAAUUUCUUUUUUUCCCCCUUUUCCAGUGACUGACUCGACGAGUGUUUUGUUCUUUUGAAGGGGGGGGAUAAGAGUUCUUUCGGGGUUUUUUUUGGAAGAAAAAAAAAUUGAAUUAUUUAUUUCUUCUCUCUUUUCCUUCCCAAACUUCGGAUUUUAAUCUUUCUCUCUCACACUACACACACACACUCACACACACACACUCACACACUACACUCACACAUACAACAACAAAAAAGAGGAGGUUGCAAGGAGAGAAAGAGGGCGAGCUUUGUAAAUACAGGGUUUUUUUUUAAUCAUCCCACCUCGAGGAGAUUUGAUUUAAUGUGGAAUUUUCUCCCCUUCGCAAAGAAAAUUGGAACAACAGAAUGACCAGAGAAAGACCCAAGAGGAAUAUAAUUCACAAAAGAUUAGACUACGACGAUGGAAUUCCGUGGUCAGAAGAGAGGGUCGUCCGAAAAGCCCUCUAUUUAUCGUUGAAGGAAUUCAAAAACUCGCAGAAGCGACAGUACGGUGACAUCAAUGGGAGCAGCGAUGGGAAAACGCAUGGGAAGGAUUUGAAUGGUUCUCUUAGCAACGGUUCCACUAACGGAACAAUACCGUUACCCGAGGCGGGAGUCGGAGUUGGGAAAGAGGACGGGUCAAACGCAUCGCAGAAAGGAGAUGGAAACGACACAAGCUCAUCGGAGAACGAGGAUGGGCCGAUUAGAAAGAGGCCAAGGCUGCAAGCACAAAGGAAAUUUGCUCAAUCACAGCCCAACUCGCCCAGCUCAACCCCAGUCAAAAUGGUGGAUCCGGUCUUACCACCCCCUGCAACGCAGAUCAUUGAUCUCUCAAAAAGAAAGCCCAAAACAGAAGAUUUCCUCACUUUCCUUUGCCUUAGAGGCUCUCCGGCCCUGCCGAACAACAUGAUGUAUUUCGGAAGUUCCCAGGAUGACAUUGAUGAAGUGGAGGAGGAUGACGAGUGUGAAGAUGUCAAAACACUUCCCAGCAAUGCUUCAUCUUCAUGCCAGUCGACACCGCGAAAGGGGAAGGUGCAGGGUAAACAAGUCCUCAAUGGUCACGCGUUGAAUGGCUCGGGCAAGCUUUUGAGAGAUAAGGAGUCUGUCCAGAAACACAAAGGAAAAGAGGCAACGCCAGUCAAGGAGAGGAACGGUGACCACAAGGUGGAGUGCAAGAAGGAGCCAUGUUUGACUGGGGCUGCUGCUAAUUCUGCUUCGCAAGUGGGCAGCUCAGCUAAAGGACCUGCUGCUAACAGCUCAGCUAUUACAAAACCACCUCAGGAGCACCAAACACAACAGGUUUCGAGAGGAAUGAAUGGGACCGCUCAGAUCGGCACGAGUGCCAAGAAGGGCCGCGAGGUGAGAGCCUCGCCGUCCAAGACUGUGAAGUACACUGCAACGGUGACAAAGGGAAACGUUACUUACACCAAAGCCAAGAGAGAACUGGUCAAGGAGACCAGGCUGAACCACGUCAAGCCGAGUGUAGCCGUUAACCACACAACCUCAGGGAAAACAGAAAGCAACAAUGCAAAAUCCAGAAAACAGGUGCUAUCCAGUGUGACGCCCCAUCAAACCGGUGCUGGCCUCGGCUGCAUCAAGCUCAACGGGAAGGUGAACGGGAGGGCAUCUGCCAAAGGUGAAGUCAGAGAGAUCAAAGAAGGACUACGGACAUCCAAGCGGAGGCACGAGGAGUUCAAGCAGGUAGUGAAGCCGCCGUCGCCCUCGAAGAGGGUGAAAGGGGCAGGGGCCGAGAGUCACAAAGCAAACUCUAAAGAGAAGACUCGACUGAACGGACGGAUCAAAUGUGAAACUCCGGUGAAGAACAGCGAAAGGCAGAGGCUCAGGAAGGCUUCUCUAGGUAGGAACACUCCAAGCAAACAAGCACUGGGCAAAUUGGAAAGUGCCUCCAGCGAAUAUAGUUCUACCUCAGCGACAGAGUCCACGCACAAGGCGCUCGACUCUCAGGCGAAACAGGAGAAGGGUGGCAAAGUGGGCGUGGCGCCAGUGGGAGAUGUCCCCGUGCUCAGGCCCAGCCACAAGGAGUUUCACGACCCGCUGGCCUACAUGGAGGCUGUGAGAACUCAGGCUGAGGGGUUCGGCAUGUGCCGGGUGGUGCCUCCCACGGACUGGCGGCCCGAGUGCAAGCUGAACGACGAGAUGCGCUUCGUCACGCAGAUCCAACAUGUGCACAAACUGGGCCGGCGCUGGGGCCCCAACGUACAGCGGCUGGCCUGCAUCAAGAAACACCUCAGAUCUCAGGGCAUUACCAUAGAGGAACCCCCACUCAUAGGAGGAUGCGAGCUGGACCUGGCACGGUUUUACCAGCUGAUCAACGACAUGGGCGGCAUGCAGCAAGUGACGGACCUCAAGAAAUGGAGCAAGCUGGCGGACCUCCUGCGGAUCCCCAAGAGUGCACAGGACAGGUUGGCCAAGCUGCAGGAGGCCUACUGCCAGUUCCUCCUCUCCUACGACUCCCUCUCGCAGGAGGAGCAUCGGCGGCUGGAGAGGGAGGUGCUGAAGGAGAAGGAGAGCCUGGAGAAGAAGAAGGGCCCGCUGGAGGCCCACUCGGACAGCACCUACAAGUCCCAAUCCCUGCCCAGGUUCGAGCCAAAGAACGGGCUGGUCAACGGCCUGGUGCACAAAAACGGCUUCCGCAAGAGGCUGAAGGAGAUCACGGACGCUGAGCUGAAGACGGGCAGGCGGCGACUGUUCCCUCAGGAAAAGAAGAGUGAAGAAGACAACGAGGUUCUCAGCGACUUGUACAAGUGUACAUACAAGGUGCGUAGACCCAGCUUACUCAACCUCCUCCGAUAGCUCAGGCCCUGAACUGAACACAAUACUGUAAAUGCGGCCUCACCAACAUCUUACACAACUGCAACAUGACCUCCCAACUUCUUAACGUCCUCUUUGUUUUCCUCCUCGUUACAGCAAGAAUACUGGAGGGCGGUGGAGCAGAAGGAUUCCCAUGUGGCGGUGCACUCUGGCAAAGUGGACACGAAAGCACACGGGAGCGGAUUCCCAGUUGCCAAAUCCGAACCUUUUUCAAGGCAUGGAUGGAACCUCACAGUCCUUCCUAAUAAUUCAGGGUCCAUCCUGCGAUAUUUUGGUGCUUUGUCAGGAGUGACGAUUCCUUGGCUAAAUAUUGGCAUGGUUUUCACUACCUCAUGCUGGUCCCGAGACCAAAACCAUCUUCCCUACAUUGACUACUUACACACUGGUGCUGAUUGCAUAUGGUAUUGUAUUCCUGCUGAGGAGAAGACCAAACUCGAUGAAGUGGUGCACACCCUACUCCAAGCUAACGGCACGUCAGGGCUCGACAUGCUUGAAAGUAAUAUCAUGAUUUCUCCUGAGGUGCUAUGCAAGGAAGGGAUCAGGGUAUGUCGCACUGUGCAGCAGAGUGGGCAGUUCAUCGUGUGUGCUCCCGGGGCAUUCGUCUCCAAAGUCUGCUGUGGGUACAGUGUGUCGGAAGCCGUGCACUUUGCAACCACACAGUGGCUGAAAACGGGCUUCGAAGCUGCUAAGGACUUGAAACGACGAUAUAUCGCUAACGCUUUCUCGAUGGAAAAACUACUUUACCUUAUGGCGACUGCGGAGUCAAAGCGGGACUGUGGAACGACACUAAGCCACAUCUCUUCACUUUUGCAAGAACUCAGGGAUACAGAGUCGAAGCAGCGACAGCAGCUGCUUGAUGCCGGCCUGCACUCGUCCGCCCGGUACGGCAGCCACGAGAGCAACUUGUCCACCAUGGAGAUGAAGAAGAAACCACGUAAGUGGUUGGGAUCUGAGACGUCGGAGAGGAGGUGUCAGGUCUGCCAGCAGCUAUGUUACCUGUCCAUGGUAGUGCAAGAAAACGAGAACGUUGUCUUCUGUCUUGAAUGCGCUCUUCGCCAUGUGGAGAAACAGAAGUCGUGUCGAGGGUUGAAGAUGAUGUAUCGCUAUGAUGAGGAUCAAAUGAACAUCUUAGUCAAUCAGAUCUGUGGAAAAGCAGCGGCAAAGAGCGGCAGCAACAGUAGCAGCAACAGUAACACCAGUACCAGCAAGCCUGCACUGAAGCGCGGGCCGCGGAAACGAGCCACCAUCGACGUGCCAGCAACUAGACUCUCAUCCCUGUCCAGAAGUGCUACAAGUCCCCCCUGAAGUUGCCAAGUCUUGUACUCAGUUGUUUUUUUUCUUUUUGUACUAUAAUUUUGUGAGUACUUGCUAGAAAAUGCAAGCUGUCUUUGCACUAGCUCUAAAGAUGACUUCUGUUUUUGUUUUUUUUGUUAGGAAGAAAAAAAAUAGCAGUUUUGUUUUAGCAUUAAACGUGUUGGCUUAUUUCUUUUCGGAGCACCAGACGCUGCAAUUGCCAGUGUUCACUUGGACUGCAGUAGCGGGUGUUUUCAUUCACUGUUUUAAACAAAAACCAAGUCAAAAGGGCUGAACAGUAAUACCGAGUUUGCGAUGGCUCUUGUGGUCGAAGCAAACCUCUUGUAUCUGAUUUUCUUUUUCGUUACUGUGAACAGGUUGGGGAUGUUUUGAACCCAUUUGAACUCGGCUGAAGAGUGCUGUGUUUUUGUUUUUCAAUGUUCAGAUCUUGCAAUUUCAAUCAGUCGAGCAGCUUUUUGGAGGAAGCAAGGAGGAAAAACUUGAAAGAAACUGCUUCAUUUUGGCGACGUUUUAUUUUUAUUUUGUCGUUUAAUUAUUUUUUUUCCGGUUGUCUAAAAGGUUUAAAUAAAAAAAUUUUUUGCUUUUCUAUUUAGGAAAUUAUACUAUUGUUUUUAUUUAGAGUCACGGCAGCUGAUGCUCGAUCUGGUUUACAAGAAGUAUAGAAAAUGGUGAUUUUGAAAGUUGAAGUAAAGGUGAAAUGUUUCUCCUUACCAGCAUAUCACUAUGCAUCUGUAUUAAUGUUUGUCUGUCUGGAGAAAAUGGUGCCUGACUAUCAUUAGCAGAUUCGUAACGUUUUUUGGUGCUGUCAAAAAUCAUUUUAUCGGAAAAGGAUAAAACCUUACGAUAGUGUCCUUUAUCAAAUUUACCGAGGCAUGAACUUACCUCUUGCUUCGGCUUUGUAGAUGUGCAAUCUUUGUAACAUUCCAUUUUUAAUUCCACGUUCAUCUCUCGUGUUGCGUUUCUCCCCUCCCCCACCUCCCCCCCACCCCCCGACACAGAAUCAGCAUUAAAACAAAACCGUUCAGUUCAUCGACGCAAGGCGGUGACUAUGGAGAGCCACUAAGAGGAGUGCAUAUUUCUUUGUAGAAAUGUGAAAAUGCACCUCCUUCAUUUCUAUUUUACUUUCCAUAUUUGUAAAAAAAACCGACGAAAAGGAAAAGAGACAAAAAAAAAUGGAAGAGGAGAGGAAAAAAAAGACUUUGUACAUAUGCCUGUAAAUUGUUUUAAAUACUUGAGCCUUUCGUGAGGGGGGGGGGGGGGAGGAGGGGUG